AUGGACACGGGAGCCACAAACCACGUCACCGCGGAUCAAGGUACCCUUCGUUCUGUCUUUAAUACUAGAGCUUAUCCUCCAGUCAAAGUCGGUAAUGGAUCCUAUGCACCAGUUACUAAUCUUGGCAAUGGCUCAAUUCCAUCUCAAUCUCGUGCUCUUUCUCUUCAAAAUGUUCUUGUCUGUCCAUCUAUUAUCAAAAAUCUCAUUUCGGUUAGACGAUUUUCCAUUGAUAACAAAUGCUCCGUUGAAUUUGACCCUUGUGGCUUUGUUGUUAAGGAUCUCAAAACCAGGACACCACUACUCCAAUGUGAUAGUCCCGGGCCUCUGUAUGCGGUGACUCCAUCAAUAAAACCUCCACCUUCACCGCAAGCUCUCAUCACAUCAUCCACAAAUGGUGUCGUUUGGCAUCGUCGCUUAGGUCAUCCUGGAAACACUGUUUUACAAUCUCUUGCUUCUUAUGGCUUUCUUUCUUUCAAUAAGACUGACAUGACAACAUUGUGUCAUGCAUGUCAAACUGGGAAAAAUGUCCGACUUCCAUUUACUUCCUCUUCCUCUAUUAUCACUAAACCUUUUGAAAUUGUUCACUCAGAUAUUUGGACUUCACCAGUCUCUAGUUUUGGAGGAAUUAAAUUCUAUGUCAUCUUUGUUGAUCAAUUCUCUAACUAUGUUUGGGCUUAUCCUCUCAGGCGCAAGAGCGAAAACUUUAGCAAAUACUUACACUUCUCUGCUCUUGUGCGUAACCAAUUUAGAUGCUCUAUCAAAUCUUUUCAGUGUGACAAUGGUGGAGAAUACAACAACCGUUUAUUUCUCUCUCAUCUUGCAGCUGAAGGCACUCAAAUUCGGUUUUCAUGCCCAUACACUUCCCAGCAAAAUGGCCGUGCUGAAAGAAUGCUUCUCACCAUCAACAAUCUCAUCCGUGCUAUUCUUUUCCAAGCUCAUAUGAAGCCGGAAUUCUGGGUCGAAGCUCUUCACACAGCCGUACACAUACUCAAUCUUCUUCCCUCCUCUUCUAUUUCCAACGAGAUUCCUUUCACUAAACUUUUCUCAAAACCUGCAUCUUAUGAUCAUUUAAGAGUGUUUGGUUGCUUGUGUUACCCUAAUCUUUUUCCUCAGUCGCAGCACAAGCUCGCUCCACGAUCCACGGCGUGUGUUUUUUUGGGAUAUCCGACAGAUCAUGGCGGAUACCGCUGCCUUGAUCUUGUCACCAAGAAAAUCAUUUUCUCACGUCAUGUUCGUUUUGAUGAAAACUUGUUUCCAUUUCAGUCAGCGAUAGUUUCAUCUUCCCCUGUCGUCUCCCCAAUAAUAGAUGUCCCGCCUUCCAUUCCUCGAACUGAUCUCAUUCCAGUUCCUGAGACUCCACCACCACCACCUCUUGAGGCUACUCCUCCGCCUCCUCCUCCUCCUCCUCCAUUGCCAAAACAUUCAAUGGUAACUGUGUGA